AUGACAUCCUCCCAUUCUCACCGCGCAUGUGCGGCUCCGGGAGUGCGCAGCGCCGGGAUCGGCGGUGCGCUGUGUCCCUCGGACACAGUGGAUCACCAAUCCACGGAAAGAGCCAAAGAUGUCAGCUUGGUCAUGUGAUCAGCUGUGUCCAAUCACAGCUGAUCACUGAUCAUCAGAGCACUGAUGAUCAGUGUGCCCUGAUGAUCAGUGUAGCCCCAGCAGUGCCACCUGUCAGUGUCCAUCAGUGCCAGCUCUCAGUGCUCAUCCAUGCCACCUGCCAGUGCCCAUCAGUGGCACAUCAAUGUUACAUAUCAGUGCCUACCAGUGCACAUCAAUGCCACAUAUCAGUGCCUAUCUGAGCUGCCUUUCAGUGUUACCCAUCAGUGCCAGUCAGUGCCACCUAUCAAUGCCAAUCAGUGCCACCUAUCAGUGCUUCCAAUCAGUG